AUGAACAGGGCUUUUGAAGCCACAGGCAAAAGUUAUGGCCAUUGUCGGGAUAAAAAUUAUCAGGCUGAUCUUAUAGCAGCGAAUAGGAGUUUUGAUUUCAGUGGUCCCUCAGAUACAAAAUCAGAUCUCUCUUCAUCACGAUUUAAACAUCACAUAGUGAUCCCUGUCUGUGGAGAGCAAUUAAUGCCCCAUAUGAGAAAUAGCAUGAAGUCUAAACUUGUCAGUACCAAAAGAGUGAGCGCUUAUGAGGAUGGAAGUAUGAUAAGAGUCCAAAGAUCUAAGAAGAAAGCUGUUUCAAUCUUAAAAUAACUAUACCAUCCAGAAAUCUUCUUUAAUUAAGAAAACCCAGAAUGUUGGAACAUCUUACAAGGUGAAUUCUUAUACUGUUCCUUUCAAAGAUGUCCUAGAAAGCAAAAAGAAGUUCUGAAACAAAAUUAAAAUUCCUACAAUCUAUUUUAAGCACAAGAGCCAGGAUGGCCGGAGAAAUUCAACGAAGACAACUACAAACAAAGCUAUUAAGAAAUUCUUACCUCAAACAAGUGCGCUGAUAAUGAGCAUCUACAGAGAGAAAAAAUAUGCAUCAAAGAGGUCACUUUCGACGUCUUCUCACUCCAGAGCUUCUUACGGGUCACGUAGGACAUCAUUUUUGAAUUCCCAAAACUUCAGAUCAUUUCAGUACUCAGAGACACUCAACUGCAGAGAGCCAUCUAAUGAUUCGAAAUGAUCAACUGUGCUAACAAGUCAUGCAACAUGUCCUGUAUUUGACAAGGAUUCUGUCACAAGUAAAAUCUCUAGAAUGCUAGCUAAAAAUCUAGAUCAUCGGAAGACCAAAUUGUUAAAGCCCUUCCUGAAGAAGACUUCAUGGAUUCAGAGAAACCAUCUUCAUUCUCCGUUAUAAUUUUACAGCAUAUUUUUAUCAUAGUUGGUUC